CCGUAGGAGGCCGCGGAGGAUUACUAACGGAGGUUGGACUCAUGUUACAGGCUCCAUGCGAGUGUUCAAGUCGCCGCCAAGGAUCUCCGUCCCCCGCCGCUGCAUCGGCGUAUCGUUUCUUUGACCGUCUUUCAAUCGAUAAUAUUCCGCUCUGCACAUGCGACACUCCGCCUCAGAUACAACAAUCAUCUAACCUCCCUCCUGUUCUAGUAUACGCAUACCGUGGGUUACUGAAGCUACUUGCCCGGCGUACACGCUGCAUUCCCCAAAGGCAUUACGCCAACCCGCAGCGAGAACUUUCAUCUCGGGGCGAGAGUCAAUUCCCAACCACACGAACUCCACAAACAUACAAACAACUUGCAUACUCAAAAAGGAGGGUUGGGUACUCGAGCGAAACGCCCUGACACUCCGUGUCAGAAGUCUACCAAACCAUGACCUACCUCGACGACCUCCACUCCUACCUCCACCAAUCCUCACUCCUGAUCCAAGCAUACCCCUCCACACGCAUAACGACAAAAUACUCCCUCCCCAGGAAACCCAACACAAAAACCCGAACGAAACCUGAAAAUGAAACUACUACUACGCCAAGAACCACGGACUCGGCGGCAGCACCGUCGCAGCAACAACAACAACAACAACUACAACCCAAGCGAGAACCUUCGGCAGUUCUUACGCUCAAAACGUACCAUGCCGACUCUGGCAUCUGCUUGAAAUAUAGAACAGACAAGGCUGCCGAAGUCGGGCGUCUGCUGAACGGUUUGGGACGGUUAGCAAAGGGGGAGAUCAUAGAGAUGCCCACGACAACAGCGACAGCAACACAAAUAGAAGCAGGGCAACCAGCCGCAGCUGCUGCUGAUGGCGGCGACAAAAUGGAUAUUGAUGGUGGGGUAGUGUCGGCGCCCAAGGUCGAGGAUAAAGUGGUGACGGCGCCGCCGGCAACAAGUCAGACGACGGGUGGAGGAGCUGGUGGUGGGAAAGGAAAGAAGAAGAAAGGCAAGAAAUGAGCCUCAACUCCGACAUGACGAAGCAAGGAUUACUAGUGUUCUGCUCUGCUGGUUUCUUGACCAAAGAUGAAGAUGAUCAAUCCUAGUUGCAGCAAUUGGAUCCAUGAAUGACGCCGCAGCCCGGUCUAUGUCAAUGCCUCGUUCGGGGCAGACAAAGCUACUGAGCGAGCACUUGGGGCCUUUGUGGGGAGUUUUCCCUUGAGCAUCGGGCAAGCCGCCGCUCUGCAUCAAACUUGAGGUCUCAUGGUCUGCAGACACUGCAGAGGGAAGAGUCCGUCCUCCUACUAGUACUUGAGGAAAUAGCUAGUAAGAGACAGCAGUUGUCCUUCCGGAACAUUGGUGUCCUCGGCUUCAUGUUAGAGCAUGUUAGCCAUUCGGCGAGCGGUCAAGAAUCCAACAGAGGUUGCGAGUAGUAAUCCAAUAUCCACCUCAGGUACGGAGGUGUCAAUAUAGUGGGAAAAUGGCAUGGCACCUUCUGCUAUGGCAGUGUUAAAUUAAUUGCCUUGAACUCGA